UUGUCCUCCCAUAACACAGACACGCGGGACAGGAGAGGAGUCAAGAUCCUGUGACCCCACCAGCCUAUCUUCCUCAGUGGAUGCCACAGUGCAAGAGGAGUGUCUGUUUCUGUUUCUGCUUGUCACAUGUGCUCACUGUAAUCAGAGCAGAAAGUCAGACCGAGUGUGGGCCUCAAGUCGUCGAGUGGCUGGUCAAUCCUGGACCAUGAAGCUGAGAGUGGCGUUGUUUUUUGCGGGCCUCUUCGGGGCGUUGGCAGCCGUGUUCAUCCUCCUCUCUUUUGGAACUGAUUACUGGCUGCUCGCCUCAGAGAGCUGCCACCCAAAUCCUGAGGGCACCGUCGGGCCUGGAGGUGUGACCAUAGAGCGUGGAGAUGUGUUGGUGCAGGAGGAUCAUAAGGAUGUAACUCUGUAUCAUGAGGGCUUCUUCUGGAAGUGUUCCUUUGGAGGCAACAUGGAAGAUGACGACCUGCUCUGGAAACUCUGGUUCACUGGUGUCUCUGAGACCCUAAACCCAGCAAAUCAGCCAAACUCCAAAGUGUGCAUGCACGCCUACCUCUUCCCGUUCCCUGUGUCUCAUCAGACCCACAAUGCCACGGAGUACGAUUCUGCCAUAAUCUACAGAGGCUUCUGGAGCAUCUUCAUGCUCAUUGGCGUGGCAGCGGUGGUGCUCGGUGGGUUCGUCAUCAUCUGUGCUGCUCCGUUUGCCAGCUACCGCCUCUACAAAGCAGGAGGCAGCCUCUUCCUGACAUCAGGUAUUUUCCUGCUGUGUGUGGUUGUGAUGUACGUACUGUGGCUGCAGGUGCUGGAUGUAGUGGAGGUCUACAUCGACCACCAGCGCUCCACGCUGUGUCCAAACUUCCAGCUAUCCAUUAGCUACGGUCUGUCCUUCAUGUUUGCCCCCAUCGGCAUCUUCUUCUGCCUCCUGUCGGGCCUUCUUUUCCUCCUCAUCGGCAAUUCCAUCAAGCUUGAGUGUCACUGACUUUAACCCUACUGUAGGGUCUAGAGAUGUUUCAGGGUUUUUUCUUUUCCUUAUUUUCUUUUGUUAAACCCGAAUAUCUUAACUAUUUUCUGCUGCAUGAGCCUAUGGAUAGAUCCCAGCUUUGUGGCAUAAAUAAUCUGAAAUGUUUGGACAUUUUGUUCCAUGACAAAAAUAUUGCUCAACUAUUUUUGAGAACAGAAAUAUCAUUAUAAUCCCCCCUUGCAGUGAGCUACAUUCAACUGAGCUUAUUUCCCAGAUAGCCUACAGAUGUGGGCCACUUCAGGCAAUGAUACAGCACUUCAGGCCCUCUUGUGGUCUGAACAAAUGGGAUGUGAGCCUAAAGUGGCCCAUGUUGGAAAUAACGUUGCGGCCACCUUUAGCACCUUUGGUAUUGCUAUGGCUAACUUGUGGCCCGGAUCUGGCAAAAUGGAGUGAACCGCCAAUGUGCCAUCAUUCCAUGCAGCAUGUAGGCUGGUUAUGGGCCAAGUCUGGGCCAAACCAAUUUUGCUCUGUGGGUUACACAUAGUUCUGUGCUAUCUGUGGAUUAUAGACAAGCAUAGAUUAUAAAUAUCUGAGGUGUAUAACACAACAUUUUAAUUCCUUGUGUUGAUGGUUAUGAGGCUUAUAAGUGCUUAUUUUUAUAAUGCAAAAGUACAUGAAAUUUAAUGUUGAUGAGGAGAUAUUCUGUUAUUUAGAAACUAUUUUGUCUGCACGCGGAAAUGUUCCCUGUUUAAACAAUAAUUAUAAAAUAUAUUUUUGCUUUGGACAGUAUCAAUAAAUAAAACAAUGAGCUUAAUAGAAUGCUUAUGAGGUGGUAUGAUCAUUCUUUAUGCAGUAAGAUGUGUGCAUUUUUAGAAAGAGCUAACUUUUCUCUCUUCAGUUUUGAUGAGGCCGAUGGUAGUUUUUUGUCAACAAAUUCCAUGAAAAGACCAAAACAAAUAAAGUGAAGGACUCCAAAUAUUCUCUAACCUCCAAAUCUUUAUCCAUUUGUACUCAACUCCAAAGCACAGAUAGAUACUUUCAUGUUGAGAUGGUUGUUUACUAAUCAGAAAGUCUUGGUUUGAUUUCUGCAUCACAAAUUGUUACUGACAGCUCUGUUUGAAUGAUGUGUGAUAGUAAAAUAGUUGCAAUGAUUGCAUCAAUGGGAUUUGUUCUUUAAGGCUUUUUGAGAGGUUGAUAAGACUGGAUGCUCUAUGUAAAUAUAAUUAAUAUAACAUAUUUACCAUUAAGUUGUUUAGAGCAAUUUUUUACCUGCAGAAUAAACACAGUCUGUUUGAUGACUAACAGAACCCACGUUCAUGGUAAUGAAGGAACAUGUAAUCAAGUGCAAUAUUGAUGUGUUUGUUAAUAAUCAGUAGACAAAAGUUGAGCCAACCCUAUGGCACCAAGGAAUUAACUAGUAAUCAUAAUAAUCAUAAUAAUAAUAGUUUUUAUUAUUAUGAUUAAUAGUUAAUUCCUUAUUUGUUAUUACUAUUAUUAUAUUAAUGGGUCAAAAUAUUGUUGUUUUUGGUCUUUACAUGGGAUUUUCUUCAAGAACUAUAUAUAUAUAUAAAAUCUGAUGACUAAGAAGUACAAUUUGCUUCGUCUCCAGUAUUAUUUGAUUACUUCUGUACAUAGCCUGAAACGGUGCUGUUGUUUUGUUGUGUUAUUAAUUUUUCUGUUGCUUGUAUGUAACUGUUUUAUGUUGCUUUUUUCACUCAGUCCAUUUUCACGGUGAGUUAUAGCAUAGUGUGUUUUGAGAUACAAACAUAACACAACAUUUCUUUGGUGAUUUGUCU